GUGGAGCUGUGGUCGUGUGGGGACGUGUGUGAGGCGGCGGUGUUGUCCAGCAGCUGCCGGGGGGUUCAGGUUAGGUUCCUGCUAGAGUGUGGCACCCCACUGCUGCCCCCUUCUCUAGCAGGGGGCACCCUUCCUCCUGCCACCUGGCUCUCUACUGAACGUCACCUGGCUCUCUACUGGACUUCACCUGGCUGUCUACCGGACUUCACCUUGCUGUGUAUCGGACUUGGGCUGGGCGUGUACUGGACUCGAGCUGGGUGUCUGCUGGAGGUGGCGUAGGUGUGCUGCGGAGCAGGGCUGGCUGCAGCAGGUGACAAUGGUGGUGGAGCCCGUGUGGAGAGGCGCCGGUGCAGCUUAGGGCUGCCCCUGCUGCUGCAGCUGCUCCUGCCUAACUAAAGGAGAACUAUUUACACUCGGGUGGAGGUGGGCCGAGUAGUCUAGUAACGAGGAGCCUCGAGCAGAGGCUCCCAGGAGGCGCCACCACCCACUCCCACACUCAGCACCUGCCAUGGCGUCCACCUCAGCACCAUGAGAGGGCACACCAGCUGUGACCCCGACCUUGGUCCCGCCGCCUGGGGUCACCACUUCCCUAAGGGGUCACCAGGCUCCCUCACCUCGCGCAGGGGUGUCGGGGAGCCGUGGGAAGGCUCGGGCAGGAAGAGGGUAGCAGGGGCGUGGGGCAGUGUGGUGCGGCCGAGGGCGGCGGGUCGCCAGUGGGCAGCAGUGGCAGCAGGGGAGGCCGCCCGACGCAGCGGCAGGGGCGGCGGCCCCCUGACGGAGGGGUCACUACGGUGGCCGGCCUGGUGCUCACACAAGCUGGUGCUGGCCGGGUUCCUGCUGGUGGCCGGGUCGCUGGCGCCGGCCGAGUGUGGCAACCCGGACGCCAAGCGCCUCUACGACGACCUUCUCUCCAACUACAACAAGCUGGUGCGCCCAGUCGUCAAUGUCACCGACGUCCUCACUGUCAUGAUCAAGCUCAAGCUGUCCCAGCUUAUUGACGUGAACCUGAAGAACCAGAUCAUGACGACCAACCUCUGGGUGGAACAGUACUGGUACGACUACAAACUCAUCUGGGACCCGGACGAGUACGGCGGCGUCAAGAUGCUUCACGUGCCCUCAGACCACAUCUGGAGACCUGACAUUGUCCUCUACAACAACGCUGACGGCAACUUCGAGGUGACGUUGUCGACGAAGGCCACUCUGCACAUGAACGGCCUGGUGGAGUGGAAGCCGCCAGCCAUCUACAAGUCCUCGUGCGAGAUUGACGUAGAGUACUUCCCUUUUGACGAGCAGACGUGUGUCAUGAAGUUUGGCUCCUGGACCUACGACGGCUUCCAGGUGGACCUGCGACACGUGGACGAGAAGGAGGGCACCAACAUCGUCGACAUGGGCGUCGACCUCUCAGAGUUCUAUAUGUCGGUGGAGUGGGACAUCUUGGAGGUGCCGGCUGUCAGACACGAGAAGUUCUACACGUGCUGCGACGAGCCGUACCUGGACAUUACCUUCAACAUCACCAUGCGGAGGAAGACGCUCUUCUACACGGUGAACCUCAUCAUCCCCUGCAUGGGCAUCUCCUUCCUCACAGUCCUCACCUUCUACCUCCCGUCCGACUCCGGCGAGAAGGUGACGCUGAGCAUCUCCAUCUUGAUCUCCCUCCACGUGUUCUUCCUCCUGGUGGUGGAGAUCAUCCCCCCCACCUCCCUCGUCGUGCCCCUGCUCGGCAAGUACCUCAUCUUCGCCAUGAUCCUCGUCUCCAUCAGUAUAUGUGUGACGGUGCUGGUGCUGAACGUUCACUUCCGGUCACCCCAGACGCACAAGAUGGCGCCGUGGGUGCGGCGGGUGUUCAUCCACAUCCUGCCUCGUCUCCUCAUCAUGAAGCGCCCUCAGUACCAGCUCAACAAGCACAGUGAUUUCAAAAGAUUGUGGAGGUGCAACAGCAACAAGCCGGUCAACAGUGUGUUCACUGAGCCCAACCGAGUGAUGAUCAGAACGUGCAAUGGCCACGAGAUGCAGGAGUCCUUCUACAGAUCGCAGUUCGACGACAUUAUGUACAAACACAACGAAACGCCGCUCCCAUACGACACCCCGCUACCUAGAGGCCCCAGGAACGACUUCUCCCCCAGGAUGACUGACGGGCCAUUCUCAACGACUUGUCGCAUACAUGGUGCGACAAACAUCCUCGAGGAUUCGUCGUACACCUUGGAGAACUCUGACAAGAGCCCCACCUUGCGACCGGGGUUCCAGCACACCCUGCCACACUGCUCCCCCGAGGUACACCGGACCUGCUGGUGUGUCAACUUUAUUGCUGAACACACCAGACUGAAGGAGGACUCCACCAAGGUGAAGGAGGACUGGAAGUAUGUAGCAAUGGUGCUGGACCGUCUUUUUCUCUGGAUCUUUACUCUGGCAGUGCUGGUGGGCACAGCUGGUAUCAUCCUGCAGGCUCCCUCCCUUUAUGAUGAUCGCGUACCUCUUGACAAAAAACUGUCUGAAGUCUAUCGUGCACACCGCUUUAAUGUCUAAUGUCUUGACUGGGUAUGAGCACCCUCCCAUUCCCCUCCAACCCCAGCACUCUCUUGCUUCCGAAGACAGGUGCCUAAGAGGAUUCUGUUGGGCAUAAUUCGUUGGCCUCAUGUCUGCACAGCACGACAAUGGCGUUAAAUCUAGUGCAUAGAGGUCCCUGCGUCGUAUCCACUUGCCAAAGAAUUCUCCAUGAUGCAGUGUUUGACCUGAAGCUCAGGUUGUCUCCCAGGAUGGUUCCACAUGUUUGUGUCAGGAGUGGCUCUUGUGCCAGAUGAUGAUACAAGACUGAUAAUAGACAUGUUUGUUACUGGAAAAAGUCAUUUGGUGAUACUGGGAGUUGGGUAAACCUUAGGAAAAUCACAAGUAGGGCUGUAGGUGAGCCAAGUUUUCUAUAAGACAUAACAAUUUUGAUAUGUGAACUGAAGAUAAACAGUGUCUGUAAUAAUACAUAUGCUGUGCAAAAUAUAUACAAUGUAUAUGUACAAUCACACUCAUACAGAUACACACAUGCACACUUCUCAUGUGUGCAUACAUAAUGUAUACCCAAAUACACAAUAGUAUUCCUAAUAUUUUUUAGUACACAGCUAUAACUCAAAAUUUCACACAAAAAUGCAAAGUAUUAAACAAUCACUUCUCAAUUGAUCCCUCAAGUAGAUUAAUACACUUUUAGCUCACUUAUGUCAGAAACUGUUAAUUGAUGAGCUAAGUGCAUUUUUAUGUUACCAUCACACAUUGAAAUCAAACAUUCAUAUUUAGAUCAAACUUGUCAAUAAUUUUGGUAUUGUAGUGCCUAGUGGUAAUGCUGCCAUGCUCAUGUGGUGUCUGGUGGUAAUGCCGCCAUGCUCAUGUGGUGUCUGGUGGUAAUGCUGCCAUGCUCAUGUGGUGCCUAGUGGUAAUGCUGCCAUGCUCAUGUGGUGUCUGGUGGUAAUGCUGCCAUGCUCAUGUGGUGCCUAGUGGUAAUGCUGCCAUGCUCAUGUGGUGUCUGGUGGUAAUGCUGCCAUGCUCAUGUGGUGCCUAGUGGUAAUGCUGCCAUGCUCAUGUGGUGUCUGGUGGUAAUGCUGCCAUGCUCAUGUGGUGCCUAGUGGUAAUGCUGCCAUGCUCAUGUGAUGCCUAGUGGUAAUGCUGCCAUGCUCAUGUGGUGUCUGGUGGUAAUGCUGCCAUGCCCAUGUGGUGCCUAGUGGUAAUGCUGCCAUGCUCAUGUGGUGUCUGGUGGUAAUGCUGCCAUGCU